GGGCCACAGCCCAUCACUGCUUUUGCCCGGUCAGUGUUGAAGCGCUUGGUUCACGACCCAUGGGCCUUCCGAACGUCGAUCGAUGCUGGACUUUGAUGAGCUGGAGGAGAUUGAGAGUCAACUCCGCCAAGUGCCGGAUGUCACUUGCGAUGAGGUCACAGAUGUGAAAGUGCCACUGGGUCAUCAGCUGCGAAUUUUCCUCAUCUCAGAUUUGCACGUGGAUUACAAGCAGAACAAAGAAUGGAUGAACCGAUGCCUGCAGAGCCUCUCGCACGACGUCGAUGGAAAUAAGUUCUUUGAUUGCCUUCUUUUGCCUGGUGAUUUGUGCACCUCUGAAGACUUAUUUGAAGAGGUGAUGACCACCCUGACUACUGCUUUCCACAAGGUCUUCUUUUGCUUCGGCAAUCAUGAAGCCUGGACGCGGGGAGAGAAGAAAGGUACCAGUCCAGCGAAGGAUUCCUUGGAAAAGCUGGAGCGGAUCCACGAGAUUUGCAGGAACCUUGGCGUCUACACCACCCCAGUGCGCAUUCUGGCAGGUAAGAAGAACGGGACCAUUUUCUUGCUGCCUCUGUGGUCAUGGUACCAUUCAAGCUGGGAUACCGAGCCGGAUCUGCCCGCAGAUCUUCAACCACCAAUGGAUCCACAGCAGCGGGUCAGCGAUUUCCGGAUGUGCUGCUGGACGCCUUUGGAAAGCUCCGACUUCGUCUUUGGACGAGGUGGCGCUACAUCCCUUCACUUGGCGCAGUACUUUGCUCAACGUAAUGAAGCCUGGAUCCAAAAGGUCUUGGAACUUCAAGCCUUGGAAGGUGGCGAGAUUCUGAGUUAUUCACACUUCUGCCCCAGACAAGAGCUGAUCCUGGAGAAACGCUUCACCUAUGAUCAGCACGUGCCCAAGAUCAGUGGAUCUCAACUGCUGGAGGAGCAAAUCCGCCGGCUGCAUCCCACCUGCCACGUUUUUGGACACACCCACGUGGGCUGGGAUACCUCGUUGGAUGGUAUACGCUAUGUGCACUGGCCGUUGGGCAACAUCAAAGAACAACAUGGCCAAACCAAAAUGCAGCAUUAUAGUGGUUUUUUAUUGCUCUAUGAUUCUGGAUGGUCGCCGCUACAAUUUACGCACUGGGCCUAUUUCCAUGACUUUAUGGAGAAACGCCAGGAGGGCUCAGCAGAUCUAGCUCCAUGGGUAAGCUUUGGCUAUGCAACCAUGUACCCCGAGAUGCGGCAAGCCUUGGAAAGCCGCCAUCUCUUACAAGCCAAAGUCGAUGGACCUGAUGGAAUGUCGCCCUUCUUUCCAGGCGGUGCGCUCAACAACAAUGGAGGCUUUUGGCUUCGGCACGCCUCAGCCAACGUUCGCUGGCGUUUGCCUCCCAAGGGUCUGGAACUCGCUGCCUUUCCCUGUGAAAAUCCGGGAUGCCUCCUUUGUAACUUCACCCAGGAUCAAGAAGGAAAAUAGCUCUCCGGCUAUGAAAUAUCAUG